AAGUUGUGAAGUCCCUUACCUUCACGUGGUGUCCAUACUGGCAGCAUCCUUUUCCCUGACAAGCUUCUAUAAUUUUAUGCUUUGAUGGACAACCCUGCCUUUACUCAACAUUCAUUCAUAGGCUGGUUUAUCUGUGCGUCCAAUAGACGGUUUAAAAGCAUCCAUUCAUUCAUUUCAAUUUCAACAUGCUCCGUCAAACAUACAUCAAUCAAAAUUAAUUAGGUAUCCGAGGAGUCAAAAUUAGUUAGGUCUCUGAGGCUUGCUUUGCCUUCCUGCAUAUGGCCACCAUGCCUCUUUACGGCAUUGCCAACAAUCCCUCAGCGAUUUUUACACGUUGCUUUAAGGGAUGUGACAGAUUAUGAACACCCAACAAAACGAGUUUUAUUCUAGAAUUAAAGAGGCGGCUUGGUAAUGGGGAAGAAGAUUAAGAGGGUAUAAUUGUUUUUCAACAUAAUUGUUUUUCAAUAUGCUGCACCAGGUCUGAAACCGGCGUAAACCUAGUCAACUACGCGACCUGCGAGGAGAAAAACUGGGGCUAAAAAAAAGACAGUUCACGCGCUUUCAAUAGAGUAUAUAAUAAAGUCAAUAUCUAUGAUAUAUGAUAGUGGUGUAUUCCAAAUGGUCCAAUAAAUUAAAAGUAUUAAAAUAUAUAAUUUAAAGAAAAAUGUACUGAUUUUUUUCAAUAUGAAUUAAUAAUGAAGAGAAAGAAAAUUUAUAGACAAAUUGAAUGCAAUGCCUGUAUUCCAGCAGGAACUAUAAAUAUUUGAGUGUAGACCGGCCUGCUUUAGUUCAGCAUUAAGAAGCCUAAUCAUGGCCAACAGAAAAUUCGAUGUGUUCCUGAGCUUCAGAGGGCCAGACACAAGAAAAACUUUAGUAGAUCAUCUCUACUAUAGAUUAACUGCGGCACAACUCAAUGUAUUUCUGGACAAGGAGACGCUUGAAAGAGGAAACCAUAUCAAUUUGAGCUUAGAACAAGCUAUACAGAAUUCACGUAUUGUGAUCCCCAUUUUCUCAAAAAACUAUGCUUACUCUGUAUGGUGCCUCAAUGAAGUGGUAAUGAUGGUGGAAUCCAAGAAUAUUAUGAUACCCAUAUUCUAUGAUGUUGAGCCACAACAAGUUCGCCAUCAGAAGGGCCCUUUUGCUCAAGCUUUUCAACAACAUAAGGAUUCACUCGGAUACAGUGAAGAUACCGUGCAGAAGUGGUGCAGAGCUUUAUAUGAAGCCUGUAGUUUCUCGGGAUGGUCUCUCCCUGACGAUUUUCAUGGAUAUGAAGGGAAACUUGUCGAUAUUGUGACAUCACAGAUUCUUAGAAAGCUGCAAACAACAAGACAACUUCCUAAAUUCUCUGUUGGACUUGAGGAGCGUGUGGCAAAGGUGAUUACCUUAUUACAAAUGGAAUCCGAUGAAAAACUGAUAAUAGUGGGUAUUUAUGGAAUUGGCGGCACAGGUAAAACAACUCUUGCAACAGCAGUGUUCAACAGCAUGUGUUUCAAUUUCAGUGUUAGUUACUUUUUAUCAGAUGUUAGAAACACUGAACACACUGAACUGCGAAGAAAAAUAGUAAACAAUAUGGUAUAUAAAAUCAAUAAUUCUGCUGAAGGAGACAGCUGGAUGGGAAAAGAUUCUAUAAGUAUUACUAAUGCACUUCUGGUUCUCGAUGAUGUUGAUGAUCGAGAUGUUUUAGAUGAACUGUUAGAACAAUGGUUUCAUCUUCAGGGAAGAGUCAUUGUAACAUCUAGAGACACAAAUGUGCUGGGCAGGAAGCAUAAUCAUAUACCCUAUCAUGUAGAUGAGCUCAACUAUGAUCAAGCUCUGAAGUUGUUUUGUCGGCAUGCUUUCUCUCAAGAGUUUCCCAGUAAAAACUAUCCAGACCUAACUGAGAAGGUUGUGAAGGCCUGCCAAGGGCUUCCUCUAACUAUCGAGGUUAUAGCUAGGCUUUUGUAUGACAAAAAAGACUCCAAAAUCUGGAUUGAAGUCUUAAAACAGUUAGAAAAUGGUGAAAUUACUAAAAUGGAGGAAAGGCUAAUAAUUAGCUAUGAUAAUCUGAAUGAAACAGAAAAACAAAUCUUUCUUGAUAUAGCAUGUUUCUUCAUUGGAAGUGAGAAAUCCAAAGUCUUGAGCAUUUGGGAAAGUUCUGGAUGGUCUGCGAACUUGGCUAUACACAAUCUUCAUGCCAAAUCUCUUGUAAAGUUCACUUUUGAUGAUCGGUUGCAAAUGCAUGACAUUCUUCGGGAUAUGGGACGGGCAAUUGUGAGAAAGCAGAAUCAUGCUGAUCCUGGCAAACGCAGCAGAUUGUGGGAUGAGAAGGAAGUUAGAAAAGCUUUAAAAGAUCAUUUGGUAUCAAGAAGUGUUCAAGGUAUCAUCUAUGAUUCUCAUAAGUGGAAAGUUUGGAGUGCAGAAGAUUUUGAGCCAAUGCAGAACCUACGUCUGCUUUCAGUUAGUAACACAAUUAUAGGAGGAGAUUUCAGAAAGCUAACCUCACAAUUGAUAUGGCUAAGGUGGAAGUGUUGUUCUCUGGACUGUUUACCUGUAGAACUGAAAAUGAAGAAAAUGGCAGUUCUAGAAUUGCCCCAAAGCAGCAUCAAGCAAGUUUGGGAUGACCAAUUUCAUCAAAAGGCACCCAAGAAUCUUAAAGUUUUGAAUCUCAGUGAGUGCUCCCAGCUUGAGAAACUUCCAGAUUUUUUGAAGCUACGGUUUUUGGUAAAAUUGGAAUUGCAUGGUUGUAUGAGGAUAACAACAUUACCCGAGUCAAUUGGCAGUCUAGAAAAGCUAGAGUACAUGGAUUUGUCAAAUUGUCAAAAUCUCAAGGAACUUCCACAUAGCUUUUCAGGACUUGUUUCGCUAAAAAAGCUAAACCUUUCUCAUUGUACUAGUCUUACUAUGCUGCCAGACAAUUUGGGAAAUCUUACCUCAAUGAGAGAGCUUUUAUUGAUAUCUACUUCAAUAUCUGAGAUGCCAGAUUUCUUUGCAGGCAUGUUCCUCUUGGAAAAAUUGUCUAUAAGCAACUCCACUGCUUUGAAGAGAUUGCCAAGCUCCCUUGGGACCCUCCAUCGCUUGCGUAUUUUAGACAUGGACUCAUCUGGUUUUGUUUGCUUACCUGAAGAAAUUGGGAAACUUCGCCAUCUUGAAGAACUCAAUCUCUCUUUGUGCUGCAAUUUACUGCAACUUCCUGAAAGUUUUGGAAACUUUGAGAACCUUAGGAUCUUAAAAUUAAAUGGAAUUUAUAAUCUCAUGAGGCUUCCUGGAAACUUAUCUGGUCUAAGAGCACUGCAAGUUCUAGAAGCAAGUUCUUGUGGACUGAAGAUGCUACCUGUACAGUUUGCAUCGCUGAUGUCUCUGGAGGCUGUCCAUCUAGAAUACAACAACUUUUGCAUGUUACCCGUGAAAAUUAAAUACCUACCUAAAUUGACUAAACUGAUUCUUCGUGGUUGUGAAGAGCUUCUAGAAUUGCCACGCCUUCCAGGAAGUCUGGUGCAUGUUGAUGUAAGUAAUUGUAAAAGGUUGAGUAGAGUCUCAGACAUUUCGAACAUGAAAUGUUUGGAGACUCUAUUGCUGCACAACUGUGAGGAAUUGGAAUGUGUACCUGGACUGGGAUCUUUGCAGGCUUUGGUAGACCUCAAUAUAACGGGAUGUAAGAGCCUUAAGAGCACAGAUAUCACAGGCUUGGAUUCAUUGAAGUCAUUGGGAAGACUACACCUUGGUGGAACUGGUGUCAUAGUCUCUAAACUUCAGAAUUGGGCUAAGGGAAGGGAAUUAAUUUUCUAUGGAAAUGAAAUUCCAGAGUGGCUUGAUCAUCAAAUCCAAAAUAAAAUGGACAAGUGCACUAGUUCAAAUUUACCUUUGAUGGAUAUUCAUAUUUCAAUGGACCAGAACAUGAGAUGCGUAGGAGUUAUUUUCUGCUUUAUUUCAUAUGAGAAGCACAGUGGUAUUGAUGCCACUGUUAUCAGAGGUGGAUUCGAAGUCUUAAGAAUUCAAAUUGUGAGGAACAGAGGUGAAGAUAGUAGUGAAAAUGGUAGAGAUGAACUUCAUCUUUUCAUUUGCAGUGAAAAGCAUGAUUUCGUUAGAAGCUUGCAAGAUGGAGACAGGAUUUGUAUUUGGGCACACCCAUCACAUCCACAUCCACGAAUAUGGGGCAAAAAGGGUGGAGUUCAUUUGCUAUGCAGAAGGGAAGGUAAAGAGAAGCAAGUCUUAGAGGAGGAGAAAAAUUUAUAUAAUAAACUCUUUCUGGACUUGGCAUGGAUGCAAUGGAGUUGGAUUGCAUGGAAACAUCUGCCCAUAGAUUUUGGCAUGCACCUUCUCGCUGCUUAUGACCUGGCUGGUUCCUUCAUAAACAGGAAGAUUUGGACAUAUUCUAUGUCACUUGCAUCACAGACAUGGGGUCGCAGUUUUUCUCAGGACGCGGUUCACAUGGUAAUUGAAAAGGCAGGAAUGAGAUGGAAUUUGGAGGAAUGCUUUGAACUAGAAACUGUAUUGGUUCAACGAACAGAAGAAACUGCUGAUGGAACAACUAUAAAUUUGAAUCCCAAAUUACUGGUCUGGAGGAAUUCCGAAGCCAUAGGUGGAGCAACCGGAGGUACCAGAACCAGUGAGGUAGAUAUAUAUGUGGGGAAUAGAUGGUUGGAAUGGAGAAGGCUAUUGGCGGAUGGGCGAUCAGAGCUGUUGAUAGAAUUGGGAGUGAGAACUAUAAAGAGAUCAACAACAGAUGUUCAUGUAAAAAUGCUUUCAAUAUAUAGCAUUUGGGAGCAUAAAUCAAGAUCACCAUUUUCGAGGACUUUCAAACAAUCAAACAUAGUGUUGACAGAAGAGGACAGGUUGAAAGAUAAACAUAGAUAUUUAUGUUAGAUUCCUUGGAGGAUAAAACCCGUUUCCGUAAAUGAACUGAAAUGGUUUUCUCUCUUUAAAGAUGCAUUACAAUGAAAAAUUAUCCAUUUCAGCGA